UAAACUCUUAACAGCACAGCUCACAAUGCUCUUGCUUUUGCCAACAGGAAUGUACAGAAUGUAUGGAGACGUAUGUAAAUGUAUUUAUAGUAAGGAGUGUAUUGAUACGUUUUGUGAAAUAAUUAGACUGUAGUUGCUCAUGAAACAGUUUUGGAGUUUGCACUGCCUCAUGUUGGACCACAGUGACAACUGCAAUGUCUUUUGCUCGCUUGGACCGAGGGAUUUCUCACAGAGACAAUAUCAUCACUCCACAGUAUGAUGGACAGCCAGGUCCUGCAAUCGUUCUCUACUUAUGCCACUAUUGUCAUCCUGAAGAUGAUGCUCAUGUCACCUUUGACCUCUUACUUCCGCCUGACAAGAAAGGUGUUUGCAAACCUAGAAGACACCAAAUUCGUCUCGUCAGCAGAAGACAAGAAACUGGUCCGCAUAGAUCCCGAUGUGGAACGAGUGCGCAGGUGUCACCAGAAUGACCUGGAGAACAUAAUUCCCUUUGUGGUGGUCGGCCUUCUCUACGCUCUGACUGAACCCGAGCUUUCAGCCGCUCUGCUUCACUUCCGCCUCUUUACCGGCUCGCGGAUCUUCCACACCCUGGCCUACGUCGCCGCUCUGCCUCAGCCCAGCCGGGGUCUCUCCUGGAUACUGGGCAUGCUGGUCACCUUCUCCAUGGCCUACAGGGUUCUCAGCACAGUUCUCUUCCUUUAGAGCUGGUACUGGACUACCACUAUACGUACACAUAUACAAACAUGCACAGCUACAUUCACACGUUAUAUUCAUGUGUGUGAAUUCUAAUUCCAUGACUUUUUUCUCUCUAACACCAGACUUUCCAUCAUAAGACAAUGUUAACUCCAGGAACAAUCCUCCAAUCAGUCAGUCAAGCCUUUCUUUGCAGUGCAUGGAAGCUUAUUGUGCUUAGAAAUUACAACCAAAACAAUUUAAUUUAAUAAACAUGAACAAAUACAUAAAACAAACAACUUAAUUCAUUUUAAAAGCAUAUUAAUUUGCUUUUUAUGGACACUAAUGAAACAAAGGAAUGAGACAUGUUAUAAACUUAAAGGUGAAACAAAAAAACAUAGAGACUAAUUCACCAGCUUAUGUUUGUGUGACUCUACCACUAUUGCUGCAGUGGCAGAGUCACAGUGAAUGCGUUAAUACUGACAGUAAGAAAAACAUGUUUGGGUGACAGGUUCUACAGGAUCUCCUGGACAUUCUGUAUUUCUGGCCAAAAGGGGUUAAAAGGUGUAAUGCUGAACAGGUUUACAAGUGAGAUACCACCAGAGUAAUAGUGGCUUGUUUACUUCAGUUACAACCUGGAGUAGCAUAUAAACUAUAUCUAUAUUUGAAAUCUUGCUGCAGUGCAUUCAGGAAAUAGUCCGACCCCUUCACUGUUUUCACAUGUUAUGUUGCAGCCUCAUCCUACAAUCAUUCAAAUAGAUGGGGAUUUUCUGCCGUUCUUGUCAGGUUGGAUGGGGACCGUUGGAGGACAGCCAUUUUCAGGUCUCUCCAGAGA